UAUGGAGGCACAUGGUUGUCCAUGCCUAGAAACUGAAACUUUCUCAAGUCCACUUUGGUCUUCUCUGCUCAAACUCUUCAAAUUUGCAAUUCAGUGGACAUUUGUUCAGCGGGGGAGAUUCGUCAUUCCAGGAAGUAGUGGAAUACCAGAGUGGGUAAGCCAUCAGAGAAUGGGGUGUGAAGUAAGAAUAGAGCUCCCAAUGAAUUGAUAUGAAGAUAACAACUUCUUGGGAUUUGUUCUAUUCUUCCAUCAUGUUCCCCUUGAUGAUGAUGAAUGUGAGACAACAGAAGGUGAUCCACAUUGUGAAUUGACGAUAUCCCAUGGUGAUCAAUCUAAACGACUGGUGAAGAUACCGUUUUAUUCUGAUUGUAAAACCUACGUAUCAUAUAGCAGCGACCCCCACCUCUGCUGCUACAGAGGUAGCCCAUCAGAUCCAGCAAUUUGGGUGACGUGUUUCUCUCAGACUGAGAUUCCCCGUGAGUAUCGAUCCAGUUGGUGGAACAACUUUAAGGCUCUCGUCCACACUCGAAUCGGUUAUGGCUCUUUUACGUGUGGCGAUAACGCAUGCUUUCAAGUGAAAAGCUGUGGGAUACAUCUCUUGUACGCCCAAGAUGAGAUGCAUUGCCCUUAGCCGUCAAGAGGAAGCCUUGGUGACAGAGAAGAUCACCCAGCCUUCUCUAGUUUCCAAAAGAUCAAAGCUUUAUUUAAACCCUAGCAAGAGAAAUCAAAUCAGAAAAAAUGAAGAUGUCUCUAGUUUCAAACUCUACUUAGUAAGGAAGUGGUGGGGUUUGUAUGAUGAGGAACACAUGGAGAGAUGAACAGCACCCAUCAUUCAUCAACUUCAUCUCCUCCUUCCUCAAAGCAAAUUCUUUCCGUCUUAACUUCGUCCCGAUUGCCCCUGAUUUCAUUUUCAACUGUGGUGGUUUAUCAGUGGCCUUUGUUUUUGUUACAAACUGGGAUGGUAACAACUACUUGCCAACCUUUAGCAGGGUAAAGAAACUAAAGGAGCAAUUUGCACAUCUCUACAUUGUCGUCACGCUUCCAACCAGGGAGCAAAAUGAUUCUUUUGUGCACUCUUACUUCAAGCUUGGAAUGGAGCUUGGAAGGCCUACAUUUGUGCCAGUUCAAGACAUAGAGAUGGGCUUUGAGAAGAUUGUGAAGAUAGCUCAUGCCCGUGGGGUAUGUAAGAGGCAGGAUGUGAUAUCCAAAUUGAGGGCUGAGAGGAAGCGAUCAGUGCAAGGAAUGGACGUAUUCCUAAGAGUAAUCACUUCCAUACCUGGAAUUGACAACCAUGAUGCAAAUUCGCUUAAUCAAGCCAUUGGUUCGAUCGAAGCAAUUGCCAAAGCAUCAAAGGAUUAUAUUUUGGAGAACACGGACCUUUCAUCUGACAAGGCGGAGACGAUUACAAGGUUUUUCAGAGAUCCAAAGUUUUAUCUCAGUCCAAAAAUCAGUUGACAGGAGAAAGAACAAGGCAGAUGAGAAUUCAAAUGAGUGAUGACAGUCUUGAGAAGGUCUCUUCAGCUCAAAUUGUAAGUUUGUUGAAUCCCUCUCCCUUGAAUACACCUACAUUUUUCUUAGUAGUGAUAUG